AUGAGUUCGCUUAGACGUGUUUAUCAUCCGAUUUUAUUGAGCACUAUAGCAAUUCUGGGAACUUUAUUAAUUUGGAAUAUCUAUAUAAAUCAACAAUAUACCAAACAGUUGGCCAUUAAACAAACUCACACACAUCCCACAUUGCAGGAUGAACUAUAUGAUGCAAUACGUAUACUCUGCCUGAUACCCUAUAACUAUAAAAAUCCCUCAUCGGCGCAAUAUGUAAAACGGACAUGGGGCAAACAUUGCAACUAUUUGGUAUUUGUUAGUGGUAAUGUCGAUGCCGAAUUGGAACCAUAUGUCCCAAUUGUCAAUGCCACCGACAAUUGGACCCUUGUGCAUCGUGGCUUACUCUAUGCGUAUACAUAUUAUCAUGACAAGGUCGAUUGGUUUCUCAAAGUAGAGGAGUCUAGCUUUGUGGCUCUUGAAAAUCUUCGUUACUUGAUACACCGGAAACAAUAUAAACCGACCGAGGCAAUUUAUUUCGGUUACGAACUGAAAGAUGCCAAUACGCAAAAGCCUUAUGUCUAUUGUAAAAGUGGCUAUGUUAUCAGUAAUGAGGCCUUGAGACUCUAUGCCGCAGAUCCAGAUAAUGAGCAUUGUGAACAUAAAGUGGGCAUCAAAGAGGACUUGGAGAUUGUACGUUGCUUGCAACAUGCGGGUGUUGCAUCAGUCGAUAGUCGCGAUGAAUGGGGCAAAGAGACCUUUCUGCCCAUACAUAUUUCGCAUCAGUUUGCUGAGGGUUAUUCACCUUGGCUGAGAAAUGCCAGCUAUCAUAAGGUGGAUGUCCAUACUGUGCCCAUCUCCCAGAGUGCCAUUACUUUUCGUCUUGAUUUUCCACCCCAUAUGUUUAAUUAUUAUUAUUUUGUCUAUACUGUGAAACUAUUUGGUUUACCUAGACCCUAACAAAUACAUAUUGAAGAAA